AUGGUUGGCCCCAAGCUUCAAGACGAUUUGUUUGAUCAUCUGCUAAGAUUCCGAUGCUACCCCAUUGGAAUCACCGGAGACAUUGCAAAGAUGUAUCAUCAGGUGGCUCUUAACGCGGAGGAUAAGAACUUCCACCGAAUUCUAUGGAGAGAUAUACCCGAUCGACCAAUAGAUACCUACAGGAUGACCCGAGUGACAUAUGGGGUUGCUAGCAGUUGCUAUCAUUCUGUUCGAUCACUCAAAAAAGCAGGCAAGCAUUCUUGUGUCGAAGAAACAAUCAGUCGAGACUUCUACGUCGACGACUGGUUGACUGGCGCAGAUGACAUACCCUCUGCGAAGAAACUGCUCAGUGACGUUAGAUGUCAGCUAGCAACGAAACAGUUUCCUCUACGAAAAAUUGUAAGCAGCUCAGCAGAAGUCAUGGAAUCCUUGCCCAGUGAGUUGCGCGAAAAUGAACACGAGUUCUCAGCAAAAGAACACUCUGUGAAAGCAUUAGGAAUCAAGUGGCUUCCGACAGACGAUGUCUUCGUCUUCAAAGUAGCCCACGAUCUGAAGGAGAACAUGACAAAACGAUCUCUACUCUCAGACAUCUCUAAGAUCUUUGAUCCUCUGGGCUGGCUGACUCCGAUAACGCUUCCGUUGAAACUCAUCAUGCAAUCCUCUUGGUCGCGGGGAAUCAAUUGGGACGACAAACUCCCCGAUGAUAUGAUGGAGACGUUUCUAAGGUGGAGGACUAAAGUUCACAAUGUGGAGAAUUUUGACAUACCGAGACAUGUUGUGGAGGACAGUUUUGAGCUUCAUUUGUUUUGUGAUGCAUCAGAAACCGCAUACGCCAGUUGUAUCUACGUCAGGAAGACGAAGACGAAAUUAACCAAUCCUUUUGUGGCUAAAUCAAGAGUGGCACCUUUGAAACCUUUGAUGAUCCCCAAAUUUGAAUUGUGUGCAGCUGUGCUAGGAUGCAAGUUGCUGGACCAUACAAGGAAAGCACUUCAAAAGAUAGGUCGGAAUCCGAAGGAAGUUUUCGGAUGGACAGAUGCCACGAUUGGACUUUGUUGGAUUAACGAGACCCCCAACAUCUGGAAGACUUUUGUUCACAACCGAGUGCAUGAAGUACAGGAGGUUUUGAAACCAGUCAACUGGCGCCAUGUACGAAGUAAGGAAAACCCAGCUGAUGCUGCAACUCGUGGACUCGAUGCAAUUACGCUGAACAACUCUUCACUGUGGUGGCAUGGACCGAGCUGGCUCUCUGAACUUCGGAUUCCAGACCAACCAAAGCUAACAAAAGUUGGUUCUGAAAAAUGCAGUUAUCAAUAG